AGCAGACAGGUAACGCAACAUCAGUUUCUCUCUGAUAGGAAACUAAACAUCGACUCCAAACGACAUCAAUUAUAUUUUCAUCACAAACCGACGAAGAGAAAGACGAGUCUUGGAGAAUGCAGAGGCAAAUUUGGGAUUUAAGGGAGGCGGUGAGAAUAAUCUCUCUCUCACCGUGUUUUCUUUCCUCUUCCACCCUUGCCGACACCUCCCUCCAGCAGUGAUCUUACCGACUCAUGAAGAGACAGGACCGGGUGAUUCGUUAACGACUUGAACAUCUUCGACAUCGAAACGCAGUAACUACACAAAACAUUUUACGGCGCUGUCAUUUGCGUAUUAAGUGCCAUGCGUACCCGCACGCGCUGUUUCCUGUAACAUCGACCGUUAUUAUAAAACUUUACUUAGUGUUUUAACGGCUAUUUUAACGGUUCACGUGACCGCGAUAAGUCCUCAUUGAAGCCUACACGAAACAUUUCGGCUUUAAAUUAACAGGAGUCGUCUGUCUUUAAAAAAAAUCUUCUCCUCGGGAGCUUGGGAAUUGUACUGAUUUCCAUGUCGGCGAUGUUGUUUUUCAUAUUAAUCGAUACCUGAGACCUGGGGCGAAGAGUUGGAAAUUUUGUGGGUUUUGUGCGGACAGCCUCACAUCAAAGAUAACUGAAACAUAUGAAACUUUUAUCACACAUGACUCGGAUUAUUGAAGAUGAGACGCUUGUUUUGACGACCACAGUGGAGUAAAGUGCAGAGCACCAUCACCGCACCUUCAGGAUGUUCAAGCGAGGCUGUGGUCUGGAGUUUCUCCUGGUGCUGUGUGGUUUAGAGUUGACCCAGACGUGUCCACGUGACUGUAUCUGCUACGACUCUCCCAGCACGGUGAGCUGCCAGGCUCACAACUUCCUGGUGGUUCCAGAGGAAAUCCCGGCCCAGAGCGAGCGCGUCUUUUUGCAGAACAACAAGAUCCAGCGACUGCUCCAGGGCCAUUUCAGUCCGACCACCGUCAUGCUUUGGCUGUACUCCAACAAUAUCUCGUACAUCCAGCCUUCCACGUUCAUGGGCUUCACCCGACUGGAGGAGCUCGACCUGGGAGACAACCGUCACCUCCGGUCUUUGGCUUCUGACACUUUUCAGGGCCUAACCCGACUCCAUGCCCUACAUCUCUACCACUGUGGCCUAAUCAGUCUGCCUGCUGGCAUAUUCGAGGGGCUUCAUAAUCUGCAGUACCUCUAUUUACAGAACAACCAGCUGGAGUUUCUUGAGGAUGACAUGUUCAUUGAUCUCCUCAAUCUCAGCCACUUAUUCCUGCAUGGAAAUCGGUUGUGGAGUCUUCACCAGAACACGUUCCGUGGCCUCGGGGCUUUAGAUCGCCUGCUGCUUCAUCAAAACCGCCUCCAGUGGGUUCACAAACAGGCUUUCCACGACCUGCGUCGCUUGACAACCCUCUACCUGUUCAACAACUCUUUACCUGAGCUGCCAGCCGAAAGCUUGGCACAGCUGCCGGCGCUGGAGUACCUGCGUCUCAACGACAACCCCUGGGAGUGCGACUGCAAGGCGGUGCCGCUCUGGGAUUGGCUACGGCGCUUCCGCGGCUCCACCUCCACAUUAGUAUGCGUGGCCCCUCCCGAGCUGGAGGGGAAGGACCUCAAGCGGCUGACGAAAGAGGAGCUGCCUUCCUGUACAGGCUCAGAAUCGCUUCAUCAGAGCAAAUCCAGCAACCAGGGGGAUGUGGGAGUGUCACUGAAGAAAGAUCACCAUCAUCGUCGAUCACACAAUCAUCAUCAGCCUCACCUGCCACAUCAAGACCAGCACUACCCCACGCCCCCAUCGCCGCUCCCCCGACCCCCGAAAUCGGGCCGAAACAGAAACUGCACAAGGCACCGCAAAGGAAACAGUCAGAAUGAGGUUUACAACAUUAAGGAGUUAGCCAAUAAGGAGUCGGACGACCAGUACGACACAUCAAAACCGAGACGAAAGAACAAGUGCAUCCCACGGACCUCAAUGGGGCCCCCUAGCGGUGUGCAAAGAGCAAGCAGCGGGGCGGCAUCCCUCUUGGCACCUUGUUUCAUCAUCAGCCCUUAUUGCUUAUUGGUGUCUCUCCUUGCCCUUAUUUUCCGCUGAGCUCGUGGAAAUCUCCCGUAAUGGUUUUAUCGAAAACUCAGUCCUCUGUGUACUCUGGCUCCUACACUUCAAUGUACGAAUGUGUGUGUGUGUGUACGUACGUGUGUGUACAUGUGUGCGGUACUUUGCCGAGCCCCUACCGAGGGACAGCGGACUUACGUGAAGUUGCGGGGCUGGAAUUAAACCAGAGGUGAAAACAAACUCUGAGACAGUAACUCAACAAAUUUUGCACCUGGUUGAAAAUCGUGGGCCUGUCUUUUUAAUAGUCGUUGCUCUUGAUAGAUUAACCUGAUCUAUUAAACCAGGGCAUAUAAUAACCAUCUGUACAUUACGUUCUUCAUUACGCCUCUGCAAAAAUCAUUAGUUGCCCACUGGGUCAAGUUCACCACCAUUAAAACAUCCCAGCCUUGCCAUUGACUUGCACCCAGACUGCAUCCCAUGUUUUCAGAGGAUGGCGAGGGGGGUAUGAAGCAGUUUUUGUGAAAUUUAAAUGCAAGCUAAGCGCGAAAGAGAAGGAUUGUGUUAGUUGUGUUAAAGGAUGAUUUUUAUCCUUAAGGCGAAAUUUCAUAAUUAUUCUUUUGUUUGCAAUACUCACACAUUAGAUUAUUCUGCUGCAGUAUGCUGGCGUACUUUAAUGUCGAAAUAAGAAGGGUUUGCCAAAGGAUUAUGGGAUGGAUCUUGGUUUGUUUGUGUGUGUAUGUAUGUGUGUCUGUAUGUUUAUUUGUUAAUUGUACCCUGAAGAUAGUGUUUUGAAUAAAAAAGCAGAGGGCAGAUGUUAUUAAGACAUGGAAAGGUCACGCUUGUGCAACUGUAAUAUGUUUUCUAGCAUUCCAAACAGAAUAGCGUUUUUUCUAACAACACAUUAAAAUCUGCACAUGAUUAAGUAAAAAAUGGAAAUAUUGAAAGAUAGGAAGAUAGAGGUUUGGCUGUGAAGUUACAUAAUGUCCACCCCUUACCUUCUCUGAUCCCCUCUGCUAUUGAGCCAUAAAAAUAUACUAUAGCAGAAAGAGAUUAUCAAUGAAAAGAAACAGAGCCCCCUUUUGGACAGGUGGGGCAAUUGCACCUUCCCCAACUCUGAACUGGAAAUAUUAUGACAUAUCUGUCUAUUGUGAAGAUUUAUUUGUUUGCGAAUACUUUCAAAAAAACUGUAUUUUAACAUCUAUAGGGGAGGAGGGAGUUUUGUAUUCAUGUAAUAUUUCUUUUGACAUUAUUUGUCAGCAACUACAAUUGUGCACCGUGCUAACAUCAUUGCUGUCUUCCUCAGUCCGUCCUUAAAUUUACUUCCUCCCCUUUUUCAUCCAACUUUCUGUGUAAUAAAACAACACCAGACUCGGAAGCUGUUUCUAAAGAACAUUAAAGAGAAAUGUGGUC